AUGUCAGGUCCUCCAUACGAACGCCUGUCCAAGGCAUUUCUUCGACGGCGAACGGUUGUGGCAAUAUCAGUGUACUUCUGCGUGACCAUUGUCCUGGCCGAGCGGCUGCCAGUGGAUGAGGUCGAACUGGAAGAGGACUCGGACAAGGCUUCCUCAAAGCCAGCUGCUCCGGAGGUUCCAGUGAAACCUGCAAAGACUGCAGAUGCAGAGGCUUCCGAGAAAGCGAGCCCUACGCCUGCUCCAAAGGCGCAGGCUGCCGUGAAGGCCUCAUCAGCCCUGGCUUUGAAGGAAAAUGUCUCCCUGCAAGGGUCCGACUCGGUGCAGAAGGUAUCCACAGCCUUGACAGUGGCCAAGACAAAGGCCACAAGGCAUCGGCUUUUCGGCCGGCGGAUUUCAGAGGCCGCCCACGAGGGGCGCAUCUCAGUGAUAGCUAAGACCCAUGGACGACGCCACAAGCGCUGGGACUUGGGCAACGACUACUCAAGUGACAGUGAGCAUGAGGAGGAUGAAGAUGACGCCCCCUCCCCCGAGUCCAUCUCCAGGUAUCAGAAGCUGACUGAUGACCAGAGACAGCAGAUGCGGGUGUUGGAGCAGGAGCUUGAUAGCAGCCACCCUUCCAACACCAGUGGUGUACUGUCGCCCGUUGCUGAGCAACCGAUGCUGCUGGCAGUCGCCGGGGGCAUUGGGGCAUCCGUUGGCAACACAGGCAGCAUCAACUUUGACAGGGAUUUGAUCCGGCGGAUGAAGAUGCAAGACCUGGUUGUCAUGUGCCUGCUCUUGUUCGUCUACUUUGCUACUUUGUCCUUCAGCGCAUGCCUGGCGCACAGACAGGCCGCAAACAGAUCUCGGGUGAAGUUUUACGCGGACCCGCGGAUGUACAUUAGUACUGUGGAUCAAGCAGAGGAGACAGCGUUUCUAGAGGCCUUCAAUCAGCAGCCCAAGCAGGUCCACCUGCGCGUCACCGGAUACCUGCCGGUAACCAACAACUUUCCAGGCUCCUUUUUCUGGCGAGAUGGCCUUUACGCCGUCUCCUUUUCCUUCGCACUGGAUUUGACGCCAUGGGUGGCACGCGCCAGCCUGCGGGAGCCGGAGGACACGGAUGAUGAGGACGCACCAGAGGCUGGCGUGCCGGCGGAGGACUUGGUGAAGCUUCGGAAGUUUCUGGCGGAAGAUGCCAACGACAUGGCAAUCGUUGAAAUGCGGAAGUCGAUUGACUGGUCAUGCUGGGAAGAGCUUGCUAUGAAUAUCAAGCAUCAGAUUCGUCAGAGUGGCUUUCAAGGAGUCAUCAACAUUGACCGCACCGAGCAGGAAGACAUGUGUGUGUACAAGAACACGCAAUGGGCAAACUUCAUGCACGGCAAAGCGCUGAAGGUGCUGCUGGCCCUCAGCGUGGUGGGAUGGCUCUUCUAUGUGCCAUACAUGUGGGGCCGGUGCAUACACCUCCCCAUCCGCUGUGCACAUAGCGUGAAGAUCUCCAUUAGCGACUUCUGGCCGUUCAUCGCAGAUGGCCUGAGUGCCAAUGGCUUCCUGGUGGGUGAGGCUCCCCAGGCGGUUUUCCCAGCCCAGCAGGCUUUGGCGAGGGCCCAAGAGGCAGACUCAUCUGACGAGGAGAACGACGACACCAAUCGGGCAAAUGGUGAAUGA